CCGUGGAGGCAGCAUCUGGGGGGGAUGAGGAGAGCAGGGCUGGGGGGGUGGAGGGCAGAGAGUUGUUCCCACCGCCAGGGCUCCCCUCACCCUCCUCUCCCCCCGCAGCUGCUUAGUUCUGCUCGGGGCAUGCCGGGCCGGGGGGGCCACUGAACCCCGUGCUGUGCUCAGCCGCCUCCCCCAGCCAUGGCCGACACGCUGGAGUUCAAUGAGAUCUACCAAGAGGUGAAGGGGUCCAUGAACGACGGGCGGCUGCGGCUGAGCCGCCAGGGCGUCAUCUUCAAGAACAGCAAGACGGGGAAGGUGGACAACAUCCAGGCCUCGGAGCUGGCCGAGGGCGUCUGGCGGCGCGUGGCGCUGGGCCACGGCCUCAAGCUGCUCACCAAGAACGGGCACGUCUACAAGUACGACGGGUUCCGCGAGUCGGAGUUUGACAAGCUGUCGGAGUUCUUCCGGGCCCACUACCGGCUGGAGCUGGCAGAGCGGGACCUGUGUGUGAAGGGCUGGAACUGGGGCACAGUGCGCUUCGGAGGGCAGCUGCUGUCCUUCGACAUCGGGGAGCAGCCGGUGUUCGAGAUCCCCCUCAGCAACGUGUCCCAGUGCACCACGGGGAAGAACGAGGUGACACUGGAGUUCCACCAGAACGAUGACGCCGAGGUGUCCCUCAUGGAGGUCCGCUUCUACGUCCCACCCACCCAGGAGGAUGGCGUGGACCCCGUGGAGGCCUUUGCCCAGAACGUCCUGUCCAAGGCAGACGUGAUCCAGGCCACUGGAGAUGCCAUCUGCAUCUUCCGGGAGCUGCAGUGCCUGACGCCGCGCGGCCGCUACGACAUCCGCAUCUACCCCACCUUCCUGCACCUGCACGGCAAGACCUUCGACUACAAGAUCCCCUACACCACCGUGCUGCGCCUCUUCCUGCUGCCCCACAAGGACCAGCGACAGAUGUUCUUUGUGAUCAGCCUGGACCCCCCGAUAAAGCAAGGCCAGACCCGCUACCACUUCCUCAUCCUGCUCUUCUCCAAGGAUGAGGACAUCUCCCUCACCCUCAACAUGAACGAGGAGGAGGUGGAGAAGCGCUUCGAGGGGCGUCUCACCAAGAACAUGUCGGGGUCGCUCUACGAGAUGGUCAGUCGGGUGAUGAAGGCGCUGGUCAACCGCAAGAUCACCGUGCCCGGGAACUUCCAGGGGCACUCGGGUGCCCAGUGCAUCACCUGCUCCUACAAGGCCAGCUCGGGGCUGCUGUACCCGCUGGAGCGCGGGUUCAUCUACGUGCACAAGCCGCCCGUGCACAUCCGCUUCGACGAGAUCUCCUUCGUCAACUUCGCCCGCGGCACAACCACCACCCGCUCCUUCGACUUCGAGAUCGAGACCAAGCAGGGCACGCAGUACACCUUCAGCAGCAUUGAGAGGGAGGAGUACGGGAAGCUCUUUGACUUCGUCAAUGCCAAGAAGCUGAACAUCAAGAACCGGGGCCUGAAGGAGGGCAUGAAGCAGAGCUACGAUGAGUACGCUGACUCGGACGAGGACCAACACGACGCCUACCUGGAGAGGAUGAAGGAGGAGGGGAAGAUCCGGGAGGAGAACGCCAACGACAGCAGCGACGGCUCCGGGGAGGAGACAGACGAGUCCUUCAACCCCGGGGAGGAGGAUGAUGAUGUGGCUGAAGAGUUCGACAGCAACGCCUCGGCCAGCUCCUCCAGCGGGGACAGGGACAGCGACCGCGGCGAGAAGAAGCCGGCCAAGAAGGCCAAGGUGGUCAAGGACCGCAAGCCCCGCAAGAAGCAGCCGGAGAGCAAGAAGGGGAAGGACCCCAACGCACCCAAGCGGCCCAUGUCGGCCUACAUGCUGUGGCUGAACGCCAGCCGGGAGAGGAUCAAGUCGGACCAUCCCGGCAUCAGCAUCACCGACCUGUCCAAGAAGGCUGGGGAGCUCUGGAAAGCCAUGUCCAAGGAGAAGAAGGAGGAGUGGGACCGCAAGGCAGAGGACGCCCGGAGGGACUACGAGAAGGCCAUGAAGGAGUACAGCGGGGGAGGCAGGUCUGAGAGCUCCCGGGGGGAGAGGUCAAAGAAGAAGAAGAAGAAGCAGGAGAAGCAGGGGAAGGGGAAGGGGGAG